AUGCCCGCACCGCCGUUCUUCGCCCAGCAGCCUCGCUGGCUCGUCCUCUCUGUCUUUCUUUUCCUAUGGUCUAUCUCAUCUGGCUUGCGCCGCGACAGCCGCGCUAGAGCGCUAGGAUUCGGCGUCGAAGGGCGCAUUCAUAUUACCGCAGCGGAUAUCAUGUUGGAUAUGGAAGGAGAAGGUCUCCCGGCAGCGGUAUGGAAGCGACAGACGGGAAUCCCGGACUGCGCUGUCAUCUGUGCAUCGCAGGCUGGUGAUGCGGUCGGUUGCGGUGAAGGCCUGAACCUCGGCUGCGCAUGCCACUCGCCGACGUUUUUGCCCAACACGGUGACCUGUAUGGACCACAAUUGUACAUCCAAAGACGAGCAGUUGGGCCAGCAAGCGUUGCAGAGUGCCUGUCUCGCGAUCGGAACGUCAUCAACUUCCUCCUUCGCCACCUCGACCACCUUCAGCGUCUCUAGCACGUCGAUCACCUCCGGACCGGUACCCAUCUGCACGACGGUUUCACCGACGCCCUCGUCCGGGACUACUACGGUGUCCGUCACUGUAACCGUCACUUCAGGCUCAGGUAGCGCUGCCUCAACGACGACGGUCUCUGCUUCUGCCCCUCUCACAACCACUCCCUCAGCAUCUGAUACUGCCACCGCUCCCCCAUCAACCGAUACCGCGUCCGCCACGUCCACCGUAUCUAUUCCGGUAGUGACCACGACCACGUUGGUCACGUCGAGCAACACCGUGAUUCAGCCAACGAGCAGCAGCUCAAACCCUCUCGCAACGACCGUGACGAGCACGAGCACGCUCGGUGGUGCCCCCACGGGUUCCGGCACCGGCGCGACCGGGACUGGCCAGAACGGCGCGGCUGCGGGCGUCCAUGGCGGAGUGGUAGGCGCUGUGUUGGCCGCGCUGGUCGGAAUCGGCGCCGUCCUUGUUAUGUGA